UGGGCGUGGCGCUGGCGUGUGGUGAGGCUGGAGCUGUAGGGAAGUGAGAACUUGGUUGAGUGACCCUGGCUGGGGCUGUGCAGCCUCGCAGGCAAGUGCUCUCACAGGCGGCCGAGGCCUGCCCACACUUUCUGGGCAGUGCACGUGUCUGCUUUGUGUUUUGUCGUCAGGGGCAGAGUGGGCAUGUGCCUAGAGCACGGCCCCAGCAGAGCAGAACAGCCGGCAUCCUGUUGGCGGCCCCACUGGACCCAAGGCAGCUCUGCCUGGGUUAGCACUGAGAGGGAGUUGUCGAGUUGCUUAGUCUCCUUGAGCCACAGCCAUUCCAGUGGGUGACUGUUGCGCUGCUGGCCUUGUGGUGGGCAGAAGACUCCUUAGGGGGUGGUUCUCAUGUGGUGGAGAUGCGGUGUCGGUGGCUCCUGCACACCCAAGGGCAGGUGCCUUAUGGGGAGGUGCCUUAUGGGGUCCAGAGAGGCGUAUUUGGAAAAUGAAUGUUGGGAGGCUUCAAGAUGCAGGGGCGGGGUAGGCAGGCCCUUUGGAAAAUUGCUCCCCGAGGGAAGAGGUCAGUGUGGGCAGACUACCAGGGAUGGGGUCGGAGGAGGGACUUGGCAGCAGCUGGAGGAAGCGGAGUUCACCCGGGGUCCCUCUCGGACCCUGCUGUGCGCAUCCCAGAGCCUGGCUCUGGGCUCCUCGCUUCUUCACUCCUAGUGUCGUGUCCUGCUAGCCUCCUCCACCCCCGUAUCCAGCCUCUCGGGAACUUCCCACCCCUCAGACGCAUGCUGUUUCCACGUGGGUCUGCCCUCGUUCCAGUUCCCGUGGGAUCCUGUGGUUAGGACUGCUGGUGAGCAGGUCUGUGAGGACAUGCGCGUCCUCACAUCAAAGUCCUGUGUGGCAGUGCUCAGCACCCCCCCACGGGGUUCUCCUCAGAGCCCCAGCUUUGGCAGCACCUGUGAUUCUGAGGACUGGUCAGAGAGCCAGGCAGGCAGCCCUGGGCUGAGAGUGGUGAGCUCCCUCUUCCAGAGUAACCAUUUGAACGCCGGGACCAUAACACCCUGGAAGACCUUCACCGAGAAGGACGCCCAGGGAGCCGCCGCAGGAGGAGCGUCCCCCAGAUGCGACAUGUGUGGCCGAAGCUUCAGAUCGACUUCAGAUACUGCUCUGCAUCAGGAAGGUAACAGACAGAAGAAAAGAAACAGAUGUCAGGAGUGCUGGGGAAAACUACCUGAGUGCUUCCAGGGGAAAGGUCAGAGUCGCCGCCAUGGAGAGAAGCCAUAUGUGUGUGAGGAGUGUGGAAAAGUCUUCAGGCUGUGCUCGCAGCUGAAUCAGCACCAGCGAAUCCACACUGGGGAGAAGCCGUUCAAAUGCAUUGAAUGUGGAAAGGCCUUUCGUUUGAGCUCAAAACUUAUUCAGCAUCAAAGAAUUCACACUGGAGAGAAGCCCUACAGGUGUGAGGAGUGUGGAAAGGCCUUUGGCCAGAGCUCCAGCCUCAUCCACCAUCAGAGGGUACACACAGGGGAGCGGCCCUAUGGCUGCCGUGAGUGUGGCAAGGCCUUCAGCCAGCAGUCCCAGCUGGUCAGACACCAGAGGACUCACACUGGAGAGAGGCCCUACCCCUGCAAGGAGUGUGGGAAGGCCUUCAGCCAGAGCUCCACCCUCGCUCAGCACCAGCGGAUGCAUGCGGGGGAGAGGCCUCAAGUCCCCAGAGCCCCAGAGAGUCCCAACCUCGCUGCCCAUCAGCGGACUCUCGCCACAGAGAAACCCUUCAAGUGCGACGAGUGUGGGAAGGCAUUUCGGUGGGUCUCUCGCCUUAGCCAGCACCAGCUGACUCACACUGGUGAGAAGCCGUACAAGUGCAACAAGUGUGCGAAAGCCUUCGGCUGUAGCUCACGGCUUAUUCGCCACCAGAGGACUCACACUGGAGAGAAGCCAUUUAAAUGUGAGGAGUGCGGGAAAGGCUUUGUGCAGGGCUCACACCUCAUUCAGCAUCAGAGAAUCCACACUGGAGAGAAGCCCUACGAGUGCAGUGACUGUGGGAAGGCCUUCAGCCAGAGCUCCAGUCUCAUCUACCAUCAGCGAAUCCACAAGGGGGAGAAGCCCUACGAGUGCCUAGAGUGCGGGAAAGCCUUCAGCAUGAGCACACAGCUCACCAUACAUCAGAGGGUCCACACGGGGGAGAGACCCUAUAAAUGCGGCGAGUGUGGGAAAGCCUUCAGUCAGAACUCAACCCUCUUCCAACACCAGAUAAUCCACGCUGGAGUAAAGCCCUAUGGGUGCAGCGAGUGCGGGAAGGCCUUCAGCCGGAGCUCGUAUCUCAUCGAGCAUCAGAGGAUCCACACCAGGGCCCAGUGGUGCCACGAGUACGGGAACACCCUGGAAGGCCCCACACAUGCAAGCCGCAGGAAGGUGAAUACAGUGAAGAAGUUGCACAAGUGUAAUGAAUGUGACAAGAUAUUCAGGUGGCGCUCUCAUCUAAUCAUACAUCAGAGGAUCCACACUGGGGAAAAGCCUUACAAGUGUAAUGAAUGUGGCAAAGCUUUUAAUCGGAGCUCAAGGCUUACCCAGCAUCAGAAAAUUCACAUGGGUCCUGUGUAAGUGUACAUAAAUGUGAAUAAACCCACAGCCUUAACUUACUUAUCUCAUAUGGGAUCCUUUAUACCAACAAGAACUUAGAAUGUCGGGGAAGACUCAGAGGUGCUCUCUUCAGGCGAAGCGUGUCCAGACUCCCACUGUGUCUAUUUGCUGGAAUGUGACCGCAUCCCAACCCAUCAGACCCAGGUUCCUCACCUCAGGGGCAUGUGCGCAGAGUUGCGAGUCCUCGGAGGGAAGACCCUGAGCUGCGGAGAGGGUAGGGGAAGCUGAAGCUCUUCUGCACCAGCAGGCCCUCGUGGGGGGCCGGGUUGGUUUCCCCAGAGCAUCAGCCUCAACAGUGAGGUUCGUGUUAGUGCAAGUUCGGGGGGGUUGGCUCGAAUUCCUUACCCUAAUCUCAUCAGAGCUGCCAGGGACACGGUCACCCAGACCCCUCUUGGGAGAGGCUGGGCAGUAUGGUUUUGUUGUGAAGGCACGGAUCCCUACAGGUGUCCAGGCACGCCCCGGGAGGUCACUCGCCCCGCUCCAGCCCAGAGCCUGUUUGCUCACCUGAGCAUCUAGGUUUGGUGUAAUCUUUCUGGGGUCACCGCCUCCUGCUGGGGUUGAGGUAAGGUGGGUGCUGGAGACCUCACAGCCUCACCUUCCUCCGUGGCCUGGGCCCCUCCCAGCUGAGUGUGGGUCUCCUGCAGGCAGUUCUGGGCCCUGUCUGCGUCGGUGCUAGGGCGAAGGCCCCUCCCAGGGCCGGACACCAUGAAGUCACCGGCUGCUUCCCUGCCUCCGGCGCCCCUGCUGCCCCCAGAUCUUGUGCCCAGGGCCCAGUUAGAGACAGGCCGGUGGUCGCCGCUGCCGCGCUGCAGGGUGGUCACUCCAACGGGCUGUGGGGUAUUUUAGCUGAGGCCAGCAGCAGUGGGCUCGGGUCCAGGCCCUGGCACACACGCAGCCCCGCUCCGCUCCGCUGGCCGCUGAGGCUGCUGAGCACUGAGGGCCACCGCCCCCAGCCUCUGCGGAGGACACUGUGAGGUCACCGUGCCAUCCCUGGGGGAGCCGAGCGCCCCGGUGACGGGCAGGGCCAAAGGGAGGGGUGAUGUGCUGCUGCCCUGGACCUACGGCUCCCCUUUCCCCUUUGAACAGGUGAGGUGCUACAUGUGGCCCAGGGUGGCCGCCCAGCCCCGGCGCCUCGUUAGCUACACAGCCAACCGCUGAGGCAGCAUUUACACCUGAGAACAAAAGCCACAGCCAGCAAGGCCUCCCCAGGUGAGGCAAGUGCCCAGCCGCAGCUGGCCACAUCCUCACCUCGCUUCCCAGCACCUGUCCACAGAGCACUCCUGACCCUUGUGACCGGACGCUGCCCAGUUACUGAGGUUGACGUUUGCCCAAAUAAAUCUCCCUGUUGAAGUAGCUCAGUCUGUCGACAGGUGGAAGAGCUCAGAGUAACCGCUAGCACUUGGGGCACAGAAGACCGCCAGUGACAUGGGAGACCCUGGAAGCCUCACCUCCAAGAGCCAGCGGGGUUCGGACACUGGCGCCUCGGGCUGCCCGCGGGGCCUGGGCCCUUCCCUCCCCCUGAUCCUCUCGGUUCAGCGGCGGUCGCUUUACCUGUGUCCCAGGGCAGCCGAAGCCCAGAGAGCUGACCGGCGGCCCUGCGGCUGGAGGGGGCGCCACACUCCCGGCCUUGGGCCCUGAGGUCCAGCAGCUGUGGCUGUGAUGGGGUGGGGAAAUUCUGCGCCACUUUCAAGCUGUAGUUCCCAAUUUUGGCUUCAGUAAAUACAACAGUAUGCGCAAGAAUUUCCAGGACCCUUUCAGUGUAGAUUUUGACAUACUUUGGAUUUCUUUUUGGAGACAAUAAAUUAAAUCCAUCAUUUUGAACUGAAAUCACUUUCGUCUCACUGAUCAGAUUGCACGUUGAUUUC